CUACGUAUUCCUCAAGAGAUGUAAAAAGAAGGUACUGAAGGCACAAGAUAGCACUCCACGAAGGAGAAGCGGAAGGUUGCAGAGCAUUGUGUUCAGGAUGAGGAACAAGCUGCGUGGGGGACUUGAGAGAAUUGAUCUUGUUAGUGAAGAAUCUAACCAAAGUGGGGGGUCUGCUGAAGUUGACGGGCUUAGGGAUGAAGCAGACAAAGGAAUGACAGAGAUCCAAAAAAAUGCUGAGAAUAUGCAAGCUAGGCAGGGUGCAGAUGAUGCAUAUGGGGGUGAAAACAAUGCAGCCCCAUCAAGUAUGGAGAGUGAUGGUGAUGCAGAAGGCACUGAUGAGGAGGAUGGGGAUGAUGUGGAGGAUGGAGAAGGCAGUGGUGAGGAGGAGGCAGAAGAUGAUGGUGAAGAAGUCAGUGAUGGUGAUGGAUUGGAAAGUGAUGAUGCACUGGGAUCAGAUGAGGAUGAAUCAGAAGAUUGCGAGGGGGGAGAUGACAGAGAUGAGGAAGAAAUUGCUGGAGUGCAUGAUAAAUAUAGUAGUGAGCGGGUUGCAUCGGUGAAACGGACAACGCCAUUAGCAAUUGAGGGGAUGAAUGAUGAUCAACGUGCCGCUGUUGAAAGGAUUGGGUUUGGGUCAGUUUUAAAGCUUGAUAUUUGGGAGUUGCCAUCAAGGUUGGGACUCUGGGUCGUAUCAAACUAUGAUGCUAGGAGCAGCUGUCUGAAACUUCCAGACAAUACAAAGAUGCACAUAACUGCUGAGGAUGUUAAUACCGUCUUGGGGUGGCCGAUUGGUGGAGAGCGCAUUCAAAAUAACAAACGUAAUAAGGACAAGUUGUUGGUGAAUGAGUGGAGGCUUAAGUUUGAUACUACGGGCAUUAAGAUCACUCCACAUGAUGUUGUGGAGAAGAUGCUGCAAUGCACAGAUGGGGGGGAGUGGUUUGUGAGACAUUUUGUGACACUUAUUAUGUCGGUACUUGUGGAUAGCACAUCACAUGGUUAUGUGAAUGCCCUGGUGAUGGACCAUCUGAGAGAUGUGGGGAGAGUUCCUAAAUUGAAUUGGUGUCAAUAUGUUCUUGACAAGCUGAUUGAGAACAAGCUAAGGUGGGAAAAGAAAAAGAAGCAGCUUUUCGGUGGUCCAGUGCUCUUUCUGAUGGUGUUCUACGUUGAUCGUGUUUCUGAUUUCUCAAGAACAGUUCCUAGGACAUAUCCAGCAGUGUUGGCCUGGAGUGGAAAGGAACUGCGAAAGAGAGAGAACAGUGAGGCUGUUGAAGGGGGAUUUGGUUUAGGCCAUGAUGAAGGACGUAUGAGUCGUGAGAUGCGAGAGGAGGUGAAUAGAGAGCUGAUUGAGAGAGAAAGGAAGGCUACAGAGGAGAGGGAUAAUACAGAGCAUGAAAAUGUAAUCAUUGAAGAUUCAGAAGAGGAUGCACCAAAGUCGAUUGGAAAGAAUUUGAUGUUUCGUAAGAUGCGUAAUGUGUGCCAUAGAGUAAUUGGCAUAAAUGUUGAGAAGAAAGAUAAUUUUGAACAAGGUGUUGAGAAUAAAGAUACAGACAUGUUCGGGGAUUCGGAAUUCUGGAGCAGUCCUGAGCUUUUGGCAGCGGUUGAUGAGGCGGAAAAGGCAGCAGAAAUGCGGAAGAAGUAUGAGGAAUUUAUAAAUGAUGUGCCUUCUUUCAGUCUAGGGAUGACACAGGUUCUUGAAGAAGAAGGUGGGAUGACGCGUGAGAUGCAGAAGAGCAGUGAGGUGAAUGAAGAGAUGACGCCAGCGAACAUCAGUCAUGCUGAUCCUCACAACACCCCGAACAUGGCUGGUCCUAUGGACACCAGGAACAUAGAACUUGAGCAGAACAAAGAUAUAGAGCAGAGUGAAGGGAUGAUUGGUGCAGAAUGUGAUGCAGAGCAGAACAAUCAAGAUUUGAACAAUGAGAUGGAGGAGACUGUUGAAGAGAGAAGAGUUGAAAGAGGAGCUGGGCUGAUCAGGAAAUUUGAUGAGGUUGUGCAAUAUGCAAGAGAUGAAAGGGUAAGAAGAAAGACCAAGAAAGCUUUGACGUUGAAGUCACCUUACCUGACACGGGUGAUUGAUCCAAGAGAUAAUGUGAACACAUUUGAGAAGAAUUUAUGGAAGUGGGUUAAUCACAUUGUGUUCAGUGGGUAUAAUAUAUCGGUUGAACGUGGAGACCUUCAGACGUUGGCGUUGGCGACUGGCCAUCACAUUUCUCCACGGGUAGUGGAUGCUUGGUCUUGCAUAUUGAAUCACAAGGAGCUGUUUCGUAGUGUUGCAUCUCCAGCCCGGUUUUUUGCGAAAACAAUUAGAUGUAUGUUCACGAGUGAGGGGGAGAUGGAAGAGAAUGCUGAUGGUUUUAAGGUCGUUUGUGAUGCAUUGGAAUAUGGAUGCAGCUUGAUUAAUCUAUGCGAUGUUGAUAUGAUUCUGACAACUGUUUCUUUUAGUAGUCUCACUGUGCUGAUUUCAGUAGUCUUCCGAGCAGCUGUCUGAUAUAUUUAGAGACUACUGUUUAAAAACAAUUGUGUAAACUGGUUGACGACACCUGUUUUAUAAUGUUUUAGAGUACGACUUUUUAGUGUUGUCCUUGUAUGAGUAAGACAUUUGUUUUUUAGAGUUAAAGAAAACUGUGAUUUUCUGUUGUCUAUCUAUAAUGAAUACUACUGUUGUUU